UUGUCGUGAAUAGUGCCACCAACAUCAGAUUACUUGCUACCUAAUGCGAUUUCUCUAUGUUCAUCGCUUCACUUUGCGAACGUAAGGCAAUCGGGACGUUGUUUCGCCAGUACGAUACCCAGCCAACAUUGAUAGCUUCUGUCUUGAAUCGCACCAGCAUAUUGAAAGGAAGCAGUCGAAUUAAUCAUUUGGCUUCAGCCGACCGGGUCACUCUACGAAGUCAAUACUUGACCAAGCUCCAAAAUCUACCGAGAAGCUUUAGCAGUACUAGAAGAUUAACAAUGGCAUCAGAUGAAGAUUAUAUGGCCUUUCUAGACAAGGCAAACAAGGACCCUGGUGAAGGAUAUGCGAAGCCACAAGGCUUGAGCAAGCAUGAGUUCAAGGCGACAGACAAUGGUGCACAGGUCCCAGCGGUGAUACAGGAAAUUACCAAAGAUAGCUUUUACACGAGCGACGCAGAUGAACCUUUUGUGCCAGUCUACCUUGCUUGGGACGAGAGCGGUAAAGGUCUACCAGAUGAAGAGGAGUUUGCAUCCUUGAUAGGCCACCCAGACCCAUCGAAUGCGCAGUUGGAGAUACAAGACCCGGCGGACUGGGAUCCGCAGGGACAGUAUAAGGCGAUCCUAGAUGCAGUGCGCAAGGCAGGCAAGGGUAACGACGUUAGAGUGUACCGGAUCUCGAGGGGGGAAGUCAAGGCCGAGUACUGGGUCGUCACUACGGAGGGCAAAGGGGCGGGUGCUAAGCUUGUUGGCGUCAAGGCACUGGCGGUUGAGAGUUGAAGGGUUUUGCCCUCAAUUUCUCACUAUACACAUAUGUACAGUAGCAAUUCACCAUUCGUCUAACCUUACAUAGGUACUAUGCAUGCCGAUAUUGGCUGAUAGUUACUCUCAAGAUUGACAUUGAAUCUGCUCCAAUUUAAACAUUGAAGCUUCCAACUCGAGGUAUACAUCUAUACAUCUCUUAGUUACAUAUGUACUGUACGAAGUUACCCAGGUAGGUAUGCAACUAUGUACUAUAUG